AUGGCGUCCAACGGUAAAGGGAAGGCAUCGUCGGCGGAUGGCGGUGCUUCGUCUGCAACUUCUUCGUCUUCUGUUCCUACGCCGAUGCCUGUUUCGAAUGCGAAUGCACCGCCUCCUUUCUUGGUGAAGACGUACGACAUGGUUGACGACCCGAGCACUGAUAGGAUCGUCUCCUGGAGCGCUACCAACAACAGUUUCAUCGUGUGGGACCCGCCGGAGUUUGCGCGAGAUCUUCUUCCUAAGUUCUUUAAGCACAACAACUUCUCCAGCUUCGUCCGCCAGUUGAACACUUAUGGUUUUAGGAAAGUUGAUCCAGAUCGCUGGGAGUUUGCAAACGAGGGAUUCUUAAGAGGCCAGAAACACCUUCUGAAAAGCAUCAGUCGUCGAAAACCUGCCCAUGGACAGAAUCAACAGCAGCCGCAGCAGCCCCAUGUACAGAGUUCAUCAGUUGGUCCAUGUGUUGAGGUUGGAAAAUUUGGGCUUGAAGAGGAGGUUGAGAGGUUGAAAAGGGAUAAGAAUGUUCUUAUGCAGGAGCUUGUACGAUUGAGACAACAGCAACAAACAACUGACAAUCAAUUGCAAACAAUGGUACAGCGGCUCCAGGGGAUGGAACAGAGGCAACAGCAAAUGAUGUCUUUCCUGGCAAAAGCUGUGAACAGUCCUGGAUUUUUGGCGCAUUUUGUGCAGCAGCAAAAUGAUAGCAGGCUCAUUACUGAAGGUAGCAAAAAAAGGAGGCUUAAGCAAGAUGGUCUUUCAGAUAAUCAAGUUGUUGCCCCUGUUGAUGGACAGAUUGUUAAAUACCAGCCUCGGAUGAAUGAGGCAGCUCAAGCCAUGAUGAGGCAGUUAUUGAAACAUGAUUCCUCUCCUAGAUUAGAGAAAUUCAACAAUUCUGAUAAUUUCUUGCUUAGUGAUAGCUCAUCACCGCCUGAUGGAAUGAACUCUGAGACGCCUGCCAAUCGGAUAUCAGCUGUCACGCUUCAGGAAGUCCCAUUAACGUCUGGGCAGUCUAUUUUGCCGGCACUGUCGUCUGUUACAUGUCAGAGUUCUGCAGCUGUUAUUUCCGAGAGUCAAUCACCAUCCCUUGGUUCAGCGUCAGAGAUUACAAGUAACAAACUCUCGGAUAUAAGCCAGAUGGCUGGCACACAAGAUUUGCAAUCACUUGCAGUUCCAUCACCAGAUAUUCUGCCCCAACUUUCUCAACUGCCGGGCAUUGUUGCUGAGAAUAGUACUGCUAUUUUAGGGCCUGGAACAGAAAAUGGUUCUUUCAUGGAUACAUCAAUGUUAGUGGAUGGAAGGGAGUCUCUUGAAAUUGAUGAUCAACUGGAAUGGGAUGACUCAUUUUUUGAUACGGUGGGGGAAGAGCUUCCGGGCUCCAUAGACCCUUACUGGGAGCAGUUUCUGCAGACUCCUCAGCAAUCAGUUGAGACCGACGAGAUGGAUUCUACUUUAGCAGAAGAACUUUCCAGCGGAAUGGAAGUCAAACCUGUUGCUGAUAAUGGGUGGAACAGGACUGAGCAUAUGGAACAGUUGACAGAGCAGAUGGGACUUCUCUCAUCGCAAGGCCAAAAGAGUUGA